GACAUUUCUGUCCCAACUUGUUAUCAACAUCGUCCUCCAGCACUGUUCCUACGAACUGUAACUACUGCCUCUGUCUCGAUCGAGCUCCUGAAGUCCUUCCCAAUAUCUGCAACUAAAAGAGGAAACUUGAAAACCUCAAUUUCAAUUGAUCUACGCACAUUGAUAUGCUUCCACAAGCCCAAUCUCUCACCACCCACUUUCCACCUUCAGUCCUCCCCAUCACCCAUUUCUCAAAGCCGUCACUUUCUUUCUCUAAACCCAUAAUCAGGACCCAUUUCUACCCUUCAAAUGCAAACCCGUUUUGCAAAUCUUUGGUUCUGUCUCCGAGAUGUUCGAUUUCUGGGGUUUCAGAGCCCACCCAUUUGCAAACAACGACUAAUGCCAAACCAUUCCCAGCUGAGAUUUCAAGGACAAUCAUGGAGUUGGCUUCUGUGGGUACUCUUUCUACUUUGACCCAAGACGGUUGGCCUCUGGGUAUCGGUGUUCGAUUUGCCGUUGACCCAGAAGGCACUCCCAUUUUGUGUUUGAAUACGUCAAAUAGAAAUCUCUCCAUAGACAGGAGGUCUAGCCUCCAUGUCCAGUUAGAGCAAUGUGGAUUGUGGAUGCCACAAUGCACUAUUGAAGGAAGCCUCAACAAACCAGAAGACAGAAUGGUUCUAAGGAAACUUCAUUUGCUAUAUGAAAAAAGAUAUGGACAUGAAGUGGAUGAAGACCUCGUAUAUGUUGUUAAUGUGGAACGGGUACUUCAGAUUGAAGAUUUUGCAGAGGAUGGUGUAUGGAUCACUUCAUCAGAUUACAAAUCGGCAAAACCUGAUCCACUGCGAGAUUUUGCAGAGAACAUCGUUAAUGAGAUAAAUGCUCACAACAUCGAAGAUGUUCAUCGCUUUUGCAACAUUUAUGCGAAUUUGGAUUUUCCGGUAUUGGAUGCCAAGCUGGUUUGGGUGGAUCGGUUAGGCUUUGACAUGCGUCUAAGGUCUCCAGAAAAUGGUGUCUUUGAAGUCCGAAUUCCUUUCCCCAGAGAAGUAACAGACGAGAAGGGUGCAAAAUCAUCCUUCAAUUGUAUGUCUCAACUUGCUUGGGAAGUGGAAAAGAAUUACUCUGUCCCAGAUUUCAAAAAGGUGAAGCAAUUGAAGAAGAUCUCAUCCGAAGGACUUUGAGUGGAAACUGGACCUUCUUAUAUUUUUGUUUCACACGCCUCAUCGUGGUCUCCCUCCUCAUCUGCCCCUCUGUAUUCGAAACGGGAAAAUUUUGUUACAUGAAUAGCUUUAAUGAUAUUCAGUUUUCUCAUUAGAGAUUAUAAAUUUUUAUGUUGCCAAGUAUUUGGAGGUUAGUCAAUGUAUUUCUUGGUUGAGUUGAUAUUGCAUUAGACAGAGGCUUUUG